AAAAGAAGAAGCGGCAAAAAUUUGCACACGCCUCCCUACGACCACUCCCCCAACACAUAUACGCACACACACACACAAACACACACACACACUUGCAAAGCAAUGUAGUCGCCGCUGUGCGUGUCUGUGUGUGUAUCUGUGUCCGUGUGCUGAAAAAGAAGAAGGAGAAGGAGAAGCAAUCAAAAAUUGCUGGAACUAAAGCAAAAAGUGGAGCUGAAGCUGGAACCGGAACUGGAACUGCAGCUGGAUCAGAAACUGAAGUUGAAGCAUAUAAAUAAAUAAAUUUCAUAUUUAGCGACGCCACAAGGAAAAUCAUUCAAAAUUCAUCGUUUAAGCAAAGCGGAUGCAGAGCGACUAAAAAAAAUACAAGCAAUUUAAAGAAUUUAACGAGAAAUAGCAACAAAUUGAACAACAAAUCAACAAACACAAAAAAAGCCAAUCAAAAAGUGCAUAUCAAUAGAUAAAAAAUAACAAAUCGAACGUCGCAUUUAAAGCCAGACCAAAAAGGACUUGAGGAAGGCAAAGAAGAAGAAGGAGAGCAAGAAGAAGAAGAAGAAGCAGUACGAGUUACUCUGAUCGCUGCAUGCCGCGGAUCAGCCGCGGAUUAUGUCACGUGACGAUUAUAAUCCAGUGAAUAGCUCUGGUGUUCGGAGUCCUGGUCGCGUGCGUCGACUCCAGGAAUUGCCAACUGUCGAUCGAUCACCAUCCCGGGAUUACGGCGCACGCGGAAGUCCUCUAGCAAUGGGCAGUCCAUACUACCGCGACAUGGAUGAGCCAACAAGUCCCGCCGGAGCGGGACAUCAUCGCAGCCGUAGUGCCAGCAGACCACCGAUGUCACAUGCCAUGGACUAUCCAAGAACCCGCUAUCAAUCCCUCGAUCGCGGUGGACUUGUGGAUCCACACGAUCGCGAGUUUAUUCCCAUACGAGAGCCGCGUGAUCGCUCCCGGGACAGAUCCCUGGAGAGAGGACUCUACCUAGAGGACGAACUCUACGGUCGCUCAGCUCGGCAAAGUCCCAACGCUUUAGGAGGCUACAAUACGGGUAUGCCGACCUCAGAUCGGGCCUAUCUGGGAGACUUGCAGCAUCAGAACACGGAUCUGCAAAGGGAGCUGGGCAACCUGAAGCGUGAGCUGGAGCUGACAAAUCAAAAGCUGGGCAGCUCCAUGCACAGCAUCAAGACUUUCUGGUCGCCCGAGUUGAAAAAGGAGAGAGCAUUGCGCAAAGAAGAGAGCGCCAAGUACAGUCUGAUCAAUGAUCAAUUGAAGCUGCUCAGCACAGAGAAUCAGAAACAAGCGAUGCUCGUGCGUCAAUUGGAGGAGGAGCUGCGUCUGCGAAUGCGUCAACCAAAUCUGGAGAUGCAGCAACAGAUGGAGGCCAUCUACGCAGAGAACGAUCAUCUGCAGCGUGAGAUUAGCAUAUUGCGAGAGACCAUCAAGGAUCUCGAGUGCCGUGUGGAGACACAGAAGCAGACGCUGAUCGCACGGGACGAGAGCAUCAAGAAGCUGCUGGAAAUGCUGCAGGCCAAGGGCAUGGGCAAGGAGGAGGAGCGUCAAAUGUUCCAGCAAAUGCAAGCGAUGGCACAAAAACAGAUGUACAAUAACUUCACGGGUGCCGGAAGCGGAAGCCCACCACUGCCAGACAUAAUAGGACAAUACUACGGCCCAGCCGGAUACGGAGCACCGCUGAACGGAACAGGAUCGGGAUUUGGAUCGGGAUUUGGAUCGGGAUUUGGAUUGGGAUCGGGACUGGGCUAUGGCAAUGCCUAUGAUCUAUAUGGUCCAACGACAUCCAGUGGUUAUUUGUACGAUCCCACAACAGCGGCCGUACAGCAGUUGUACGGACAAACGUCACCGAUACGCCGUAGACGGUAUAGCAUUGCCGGACUGCCAUCGGCGACCAUGUAUAACGAUGUUUACGGCUAUCCGGCACCGCCAAUGCAACAAACGAGCUCCUCAAAUAUUGUGAAUCUGUUGAAUGAGGCGCACAAAUCGAUAUCACGCUCAUCGCAGAUAUUAAAUCUGAGCCAUCAGGCCAGACAGUUGGGUCAAUCGCUAGGUCAAUCGAUAGGUCAAACGGUUGGUCCACUUGUGACGACUCCACUGUCCGGCCGUGUGGUCUCCAGUUAUCCCACACUGCAUGGUGGUGACACAUCGCCGCCAUAUUUAAACGACAACCUGCUGCAAAUGUCGCAAAGUUUCUCAUCUCAGCCAAAUAUGUAUUUUCAACCGACGACGGCGACAGCGACGCCGCAAUUGACGUCGACGUCGACGCGACUGCGUCCUGCGUAUUCUGUGUCAAAUUUAAUGGCAGGGUAUCCAGGCAGUUGUAAAUAUGCAGGGUUGCCAGCCUAUCAAAGUGAUUUAAAUGCAGCCUAUGGCUGCGGUAUGGGCGGUAUAGGUCAGGGUUUGGGUCUUGGCUUACCCAUGUCACAGCAGCGUCAUCUCAUGUCUCACUCACUGCAUGCCUCAAAUCCCGCCAUAUCGCAGUAUUAUACACAACAACAACAACAACAGCCAACUGCGUACAAUUUGCAUCAACAGUUUGCGGGCGUUCAGCAGCAGCAACAGUUGAGUCAACAGUUGGGUCAACAGACACAGCCACAGCCACACUCUCAUAUACAGGCCUCGGUGCAGCAGCAGAUGAAUCCGCAGUAUCAAUAUCAUGUGCAUUCGCACCAAAAUCAUCUGCAAACACAUCCGCUGGCAGCGUUGGCCCAAACAACUGGCCCAUUUGGUGGCACGUUGGCGAGCAGUGCACGUGAUGCAGCAAAUAGUACAGUUGGCACUGCCUAUGAUAGUCUGCAUCAUUCGCAUUCGCAUCUGUAUCCGCAUUCGCAUUCGCAUCCGCAUCAGCAUCAUCAUCCGCAUCAUCAUUCGGUUGCGUCGUCAUAUCCACAUACGUAUGCGCAACAGCAGCAACAUCAUCAUCAUCAGCAACAACAACAGCUACAACAACAACUGCAGCAACAACAACACCAACAACUACAACAACAACAUCAUCAUCAUCACUUGCCAUACUCGAAACUAGACUUAGAUUAUCCGAAACUGCCGCAAGAGCAUAAGCGACAAUUGGACGAAUUCCGUCUUGAAAUACAAAGAAGGGAUCAAGAAAUUCUGGCGAUGGCGGCCAAAAUGAAAACGCUAGAGGAGCAGCAUCAGGACUAUCAGCGGCACAUAGCGGUGCUCAAGGAGUCGCUAUGUGCCAAAGAGGAGCACUACAAUAUGCUGCAGACGGACGUCGAGGAGAUGCGGGCGCGUCUCGAGGAGAAGAAUCGUCUCAUCGAGAAGAAGACACAGGGCACACUGCAGACGGUCCAGGAACGCAAUCGUUUAACGAGUGAAUUAACCGAACUCAAGGAUCACAUGGAUAUCAAGGAUCGAAAGAUUAGUGUAUUGCAGCGCAAGAUUGAGAACCUCGAGGACUUGCUGAAGGAGAAGGACAACCAGGUGGACAUGGCACGUGCUCGACUCUCCGCCAUGCAGGCGCACCACAGCAGCUCCGAGGGUGCACUGACCAGUCUGGAGGAGGCCAUCGGCGACAAGGAGAAGCAAAUGGCCCAACUGCGCGAACAACGCGAUCGGGCCGAGCACGAGAAGCAGGAGGAACGAGAUCUGCACGAGCGUGAGGUGACCGACUACAAGAUGAAACUGCGUGCCGCCGAAAGCGAUGUGGAGAAGCUGCAAACGCGACUGGAGAGAGCCGUCAAUGAGCGGGAGCGUCUCGAGAUCAAGCUGGAGGCAUCGCAGAGCGAACUGGGCAAGUCCAAGGCGGAGCUAGAGAAGGCCACCUGCGAGAUGGGACGAAGCAGUGCCGACUGGGAGUCCACGAAGCAACGCAUUGCACGACUCGAGCUGGAGAACGAGAGGCUCAAACACGAUCUGGAGCGUUCGCAGAUGCAGCUAGAAGAACAGACCACAUUACACAAAACAACGUUUGGACGCACUACCAUGACGACGUCACAGGAGUUGGAUCGGGCGCAGGAGAGAGCUGAUAAGGCAGCUGCCGAGCUGCGACGAACUCAGGCCGAGCUGAGAGUGACCCAGUCAGAUGCUGAGCGUGCACGCGAAGAAGCCGCCGCCCUGCAAGAGAAACUGGAAAAGAGCCAGGGAGAAGUGUAUCGUCUCAAGGCGAAACUGGAGAAUGCCCAGGGUGAACAGGAGAGUCUGCGCCAGGAGCUGGAGAAGGCGCAGAGCGGCGUCUCACGUAUACACGCUGAUCGCGAUCGGGCAUUCUCCGAGGUGGAGAAAAUCAAGGAGGAAAUGGAGCGCACUCAGGCAACGCUCGGCAAAUCGCAGUUGCAGCACGAGAAGCUGCAGAAUUCGCUGGACAAGGCACAGAACGAGGUCGAUCAUCUGCAGGACAAACUAGACAAGGCCGGUGUCGAGAACCGACGCCUCGUGCUCGAGAAGGAGAAAUUAACCUAUGACUACGACAAUCUCCAAUCGCAACUCGACAAGGCUCUCGGACAGGCAGCUCGAAUGCAGAAGGAGCGUGAGACUCUCACGCUGGACACGGAUCGCAUUCGUGAGAAGUUGGAGAAGACGCAGAUGCAGCUAGCGCGUAUACAGAAGGAGCGGGAUCAGUUCUCUGAUGAACUGGAAACGCUCAAGGAACGAUCGGAAUCAUCGCAGACAUUACUGAUGAAGGCCGCACGCGAUCGGGAGGCGAUGCAAACCGAUCUGGAAGUGUUAAAGGAGCGUUACGAGAAAUCCCAUGCCAUACAACAGAAAUUGCAGAUGGAACGCGACGAUGCUGUUACCGAGGUGGAGAUACUCAAGGAGAAACUGGACAAGGCGCUCUAUGCCAGCCAGAAACUGAUCGAUGAGAAGGACACCUCCAACAAGGAGUUCGAGAAGAUGCUCGAGAAAUACGAUCGUGCUCAAAAUGAGAUCUAUCGAUUGCAAUCACGUUGCGAUACCGCCGAAGCGGAUCGUGCCCGUCUCGAGGUCGAGGCGGAGAGAUCCGGUCUGGCUGCCUCCAAGGCACGCGAGGAUCUGCGCAAGCUGCAGGACGAGAGCACACGAUUGCAGGAGGCCUGCGAUAGGGCGGCUCUGCAAUUGAGUCGGGCCAAGGAGUGCGAGGAUAAUGCACGCAGUGAGCUCGAGCACAAUCGCGAUCGCUUCGAUAAAUUGCAGACGGACAUACGACGCUCGCAGGGGGAGAAGGAGCACCUGCAGUCGGAACUGGAACGAGUAUCGUACGAAUUGGAACGCGCACAUGCGGCACAGACCAAAGCGGGCGCCAGUGUGGAGGCGGCCAAGGAGGAGGCAGCUCAUUAUGCCGUCGAAUUGGAGAAGAUGCGCGAACGAUACGAGAAGAAUCAAGUGGAGCUACGCAAGCUGCAGGAUACGGACACCUUUGGCCGGGAGACGCGACGUCUCAAGGAGGAAAAUGAGCGACUGCGCGAGAAGCUGGACAAGACACUCAUGGAACUGGAGACGAUACGCGGCAAAUCGCAAUACGAGUCCGAAUCCUUUGAGAAAUACAAAGAUAAAUACGAAAAGAUUGAGAACGAAAUACAAAACAUGGAGUCGAAGCUACACGAAACCAGUCUGCAGCUGGAGUUGUCCAAGGGUGAGGUAGCGAAACUCCUGGCGAAUCAGGAUAAACAGCGCAGCGAACUGGAGCGUGCGCACAUUGAGCGGGAGAAGGCGCGAGAUAAGCAUGAGAAACUGCUGAAGGAGGUCGAUCGUUUGCGCCUGCAACAGUCCUCGGUGAGCCCCGGUGAACCGGUUCGUGCGUCCGCAUCAUCGCUGUCGAUCUCGGCGGGCGAGCGGCAGGAGAUCGAUCGGCUGCGUGAUCGCCUUGAGAAGGCGCUGCAGUCGCGCGACGCUACCGAACUGGAGGCCGGUCGCUUGGCCAAGGAACUGGAGAAGGCACAAAUGCAUUUGGCCAAACAGCAGGAGAACACUGAGUCCACGCGCAUCGAAUUCGAUCGCAUGGGCGCCGAAUUGGGACGUCUGCAUGAUCGUCUCGAGAAAUCCGAAUCGGAGAAGGAAGCGUUACGAUCAACGGCAAAUCGUGCCGGCGGUAAUCCCCAAAUCGAAAAGCAUGUUCAGAAACUCGAGAGCGACAUUAAACAGCUGGCCAUGGAACGAGAACAACUUGUGCUGCAGCUGGAGAAGAGCCAGGAGAUCUUGAUGAACUUCCAGAAGGAGCUGCAAAAUGCCGAAACGGAAUUGCAAAAGACGCGCGAGGAGAAUCGCAAAUUGCGCAAUGGACAACCCGUUGCUCCAGCCGCACCCGCCGAACUACAGGCCAUGCAGAAGGAGAUUCAAGCUCUACAGCAGAAGCUACAAGAAUCCGAAAGAGCCUUGGCUGCCGUUGGACCCCAACAACAACAGCAACAACAGGCAGCGGCAGGUGCAAGUCGCGAGGAGAUCGAACAAUGGCGAAAGGUCAUCGAACAGGAGAAGAAUCGCGCCGAUAUGGCCGAUAAGGCGGCCCAGGAGAUGCACAAGCGCAUACAGAUAAUGGACCAACACAUCAAGGAACAGCACUCCCAGAUGCAGAAGAUGCAGCAACAAAUGUCGCAAAUGACGCAACAACAACAACAACAGGCAGCGCAGCAACAACAGCAACAAACGGCAGCAGCAGCCGCCGGCAGUGGCAUCGAUGCCAAGGAGUUUGAAAAGGUCAAAGGUGAACUGCAAGCCGCUUGCACGGAACGCGAUCGAUUCCAACAGCAGCUGGAACUGCUCGUUCAAGAGCUGGAAAAGAGUCAGAUGUCGAACCAGGAGCAGGCAAAGCAGCUACAGACGGCGCAGCAACAGGUGCAGCAGCUGCAGCAACAGAUUCAAACGUUGCAGCAGCAAAUGCAGCAGCUGCAGCAGGCUGGCAGCGCGGGGGCAGCGGCAACAGACGUGCAACGGCAGCAGCUGGAGCAGCAGCAGAAGCAACUGGAGGAGGUGAGAAAGCAGAUCGAUAACCAGGCCAAGGCCACCGAAGGCGAGCGGAAGAUCAUCGACGAGCAGCGCAAACAGAUCGAGGCGAAGCGCAAGGAUAUCGAGGACAAGGAGAAGAAAAUGUCCGAGUUCGAUGUACAGCUGCGCAAGCGAAAGGAGCAAAUGGAUCAGCUGGAGAAAUCCCUACAGACUCAAGGAGGCGGCGCCGCGGCAGCGGGAGAGCUCAACAAGAAGCUCAUGGAUACGCAACGGCAACUCGAAGCGUGCGUCAAGGAGCUGCAAAACACAAAAGAGGAGCACAAGAAGGCGGCAACCGAAACGGAGCGACUGCUGCAGUUGGUACAAAUGUCACAGGAGGAGCAGAAUGCCAAGGAGAAGACCAUCAUGGAUUUGCAACAAGCCUUAAAGAUCGCUCAAGCCAAAGUCAAACAAGCACAAACACAGCAGCAACAGCAACAAGACGCUGGACCCGCUGGCUUCUUGAAGAGCUUCUUCUAAACAGAAACGGAAACGAAACCCACAAAAGAAGCAGAAGAAUGAAUAUUUACAAAGCAAAUAGAAAAACAAAAAAAAAAAAAAAACAAAACGAAACCAAAAAAAAACAAGUAAAAAGCAAAAUGAACAACAAACAGCACUGUCUACUAUUUUGUAUACUACCGAUACCGACUAUGCAGUAUUUCUUCUACUACUAUGUACCACACACACACAUAUACACAAAUACACACACACACACACACACACACACACACAUUUGUAAAUGACAUAUGUAAAUGCAAGAAAAUUAUUUGAUAUUUAUUGUAUUGUAAUUAGGUUGCCGCUAUACUCAAAUUAUGGAUGCAUUUAUGUAAAUGUCAGUCAGAACGUAACACGUAACACGCUACGUAACAUCACGUUACGUAACGUAAGGUCACGUAACUUAGUAACUCUUUCGAACUUAUACUUAACUCAAUGUAUACCCUUAAAUGCCACUUUUACGUAUACUCUAUCUAUCUCUCUUUCACACACCCAAAUCCCAGACUCACGUACUAUAUAUUUGUCUCACUUUUACACAGUCGUUGUCCCUCUUUUUCUCUCGCUGUCUCGCUGUCUAGUUACCUGUUGACUUGAUCAUUUUUUGUAAAUUUGGCGAUCGUUGCGCUGUUAAGUAGACUACACAAAAGUUUACACGAUCAGCGAUAGCACGAUAACACGAUAUCAAGUAAAGUUUCUCUCGGUACCGCACGUUCGAUAAGAAAAAAUCCCAUCAUUAGUUUUGCAUACGGCGCGAAUGUGAUUCACAAACAACAACAA